AUGAGUACUACGACUGAUAAAGCAAACACUACCACUAAAGAGGAGAUAACGAUAACUGAAAAACCAACUAAUCAGAAGAAGACGACGUUGGAAGAAGAUGAUGAAUUUGAAGAUUUUCCAGUGGACCAAUGGCCAGCUAGCUCCACUUUGAAGGAAUCAAAAGAAUUUCACACAAACCUAUGGGAAGAAAGUUGGGAUGAUGUUGAAGUUGACGACAACUUUACAAAUGAUCUGAGAGCGGAAAUAGCGAAGUACAAACAGGAACACCAAUGA